AGCACAAGCUGAAGCAGGUGCUAGAGGCAUUGCGCAACCAUCCGCUGCCACUCUACAGCGGUCCCGAGCAUGCCGAUAGGGAGCUGCGGCAGCACCGGAUGCUGGCAAGCAAAGGAACGCUGCCAAUGGCUGCCCCUGUAUCACAGUAUGAGUUGCAAAAGAAACAACAACAGCAACAGCAUUAUAUGCACGUGGCCAAGUCACUGACAAGACCCAGCUUGAGGUAAAGUCCGACAUGUGGGUUCGCUCAAGUUUUGAUGGUUCGGCACGUAAAGUGCGCGAGGUGUUUGUGCAGCGGCUGACCCGGCUGCAACCUCUCUUCCUCCGCCGUACCCUUGCCAUUGUGGAGCGCUAUGCUACGCCGCGCCAGCUGUUGGGAAAAGUCAAAACGAGGCCGAGGCACCUCUUCUGCUGGCCGGUCUGUACUGUGGUCCGCUACUUGGCCAAAAGGUGGCAUCCCCAGGUUGCAUUUUGGCGGGGCUAUGGAAGCACGUUUAGAAAUAAAGCUGCUGGAACCAAAUCCACUCUUCACGCGCUGGCUAGAACGCUGGCUCCAUCAGGCCGAGCGCCGCAAUCGCAAGUCCCAGCACAAGCUGCGGCAGGCGCUGGAGGCAUUGCGCAACUAUCCGCUGCCACUCUACAGCGGCCGCGAGUGCGCCGUUCUGCGUGGAUUUGGCUCAACGCUCUGUCAGCUCAUCGAUGAAGAGCUGCGGCAGUACCAGGUGCUGGCAAGCAAAGGAACACUGCCAAUGGCUGCGAAUGUAACACAGUACCAGGAGCAGGUUCAACAGGUGGUUAAAGUGGUGCAAAAGAAACAAGAAAAACAGCAGCAGCAGCUGCUGAAGCAGCCCAAGAAAUUGACCAAAAAAGCGCUGCAGGAGCUGGCAGCAGCUGAGGAACGGGAGCGCAUCGUCCAGAUGAGCGCGGGCAGCUAUCGCAUUGUGCUGCUCGUCGACACGCAAGAGACAAGCGGCAAGAAUAAGCGCAUAUUGGAUCAGACACGCAGCUAUCUGCAGACAUUGAACGUGGAGCACGAAGUGCGCCGCCUAACUGUCGGCGACUUUCUGUGGAUAGCACGCGAUGCCGCCGGCAAUGAGCUGGUGCUGCCCUACAUCGUCGAGCGCAAGCGCAUGGACGAUUUGGCUAGCAGCAUACGCGAUGGCCGAUUUCACGAGCAGAAGCAUCGCUUGGCCCAGUGCGGUCUGCCGCACAUUGUCUACCUGAUCGAAGACUAUGGCGACAAUGAGCAGCUCGGUCUGCCGCUGGACUCCCUGCUGCAGGCGUUGACCAACGCGCGCAUUCAGUCCGCCAACAUCCAAGUUGUACGCUCUGACAAUCACUAUCGCUCCAUGUGCUAUCUGAGAGGCGUGAGUAGCGCCUUGGAGCAGCUCUAUGUGCACGCGGCCAAGUCGCUGCACAGCGUCGACAAGACGCAGCUGGAGGCACAGUCUCAGCACAGCUCCCGGAGCAGCAGCAGCAGCCGUCAUGUGGGCUUGCUCAAGUUUCGAGCCCUCUAUGAGGACUCUGCACGCAAUGCGCAGCUGACGGUGCGCGAGGUGUUUGUGCAGCAGCUGCUCCAGCUGCACUCUCUCUCCAUCGAUCGUGCCUUAGCCAUUGUGGAGCGCUAUGCUACGCCGCGCCAGCUGCUGGAUGCCUACGGGAAGUGCCAAAGCGAGGCCGAGGCACGUCUACUGCUGGCCGGUCUGUGCUGUGGUCCGCUACAGCGUCCACUGGGCGAAAAGGUGAGCCAGUGUAUCCAUCAGUUUUAUAUGAGCGAAUUUUAGGCAUUAGGUUUA